CUAAGCGGUACUUAACCUAAAAAAUAAAAAUUCAUCAUCAUCAUACUCUUCCUUACAAAAACAACAAGAACAUGCCACAACAGCAACUAUAACUACCAUGUUUAGAAAACGUAAUGCUUCCCCCGAGUUAAUUGAACUUUUUUAUGUUCAUCUUCCUUAAUUUGUAAACUAGACUAGGGGAAUACUAAAUACAAAAUCACAAUUUAAUAUUCCAAAAAAAAGAAGAAAAAAAAAAACACAAAAUAAACCAGCAUAAAUAAGAAAAAUAUGAAUAAUUUAUAGUUCCUGCUGCUAAGAAUUCGCAAAUGUCAAUAUUUAAAAGUUAACUAACAAUUAGAUAGAAAAUAUCCCCCCUUUUUCCAACAACAACAACAACCAAUAAAAAGAAGCAAACAAAAAGAAACAAAAAUGGAGCGCAUGUGGCGUAAAGUGAAUCAUAGUUUUGGUGGCAAUCGUGCGGCCAAAACUCAUGCACAUGCUACCGACACCAACAGCUCGGCGGGUGGUUUUGGCGACGGCCAGGUGGUGGUGGCUGUGGCUGGUUCCAGUUCUGCCACCGGCAGACGUUUGGCGACAAGUGGCCAAAUUCCUGCUCCAGCAGCAGUGGCUGCUAAUUCAACUAAUACAGCUAAUAGUAAUACAGUCCAGGUAGCAACCGAUCGUCUGACGGUGGUUGCGCCUGGUAAGUUUCGCAAGUCUUUAAGUCAACAUGUGUUGCAGCCACGCACCGCCUCAUCGGAGAGGCGUAGACGCAGACGCCGUAAAUCACGACCUCGUCGCAGUGGAGUCAGUUGUGUGGGCGGUGGCGGAGAUAAUAUGUCGUCUUCCGGUGGUUUUUACACAAUCAAAGAGUCGCAUCAAUCCAAUCAUCGCUAUCAUCGUUCCACUCGCAUGAUGGCCAGUUCAGCACCUAGUGGUACCGUCUUAAUGUAUCCUAAUCCCAGUACAGUGCGUGAACUAACCAAUACACUGGGUAUGGCGACGACAACAUCCACUACAACAGCAUUGGCAGCAGCCACAGCCGCUGGCAAUUUGGCAGCUACACAAACAACGUCUGUUACAGUGGCGGCAGCACCGGAUAUUUCUCUACGACAAAGAGCUGUCGCCAAAUUGCGUAUGUUUAACUUUCAUUUGAACUGGGAUCUACAGAUGACUCAUUGCAAACCAUGUGGAAGCGGCAGUGGUGGCAAUAUUAUCACAAGACGUCUGUGUCGGAAUCGUCGUCGUGAUGACAAUGAGCUUUAUCGUUCCAACAGUUUUAAGUUUGAACGUUUCGAACGCAAAGAAUAUUUGGAAGAGCUGGCGGAUACUUUGCAAAAGCAGAUUGCCAUCUGUGAUGAUUAUAGUCUGCCUGUGGACUUUGUUAAAAAACGACCGUCCAGUUUUGAUCCCUGUUUAGCAGAAGCAUUACCUACAAAUCCCGAAAAUUGGGCAACUGCAGCUGCUGCUAGUCCACAACAGGAAUUUGCAAAAUUUGCUGAACAUCAACAGCAGCAGGCUGAAUCACAGGCACCACCACCUCCGGCCCCUUUAUCGACUUUACCCUCCAGAGUAAAUGCAAAUCUAAAUGCUUUAGCCCAGGAAACAGCAGUCCAUAACAGCACUUUACCCACACAAACAGUUGGUGCUCUGCAACAACUACAGCAGCAACACCAACACCAACCAUCACUUACCCUUCAACAGCCAGUCCAGAGCCACCAACAUCAACAACGACAACAUCAUCAUUCGCAAAAGUCACAUGGCACACGUAGUAGUCAGACGCAUCAACGUUUACCAAAUCCGACAAGUGCUGUAAUAUCGACAGCCACUGUAGCCUCUCUGCCACCGCCUUUACACAUACAAAGUCAAAUUUCUAAUAUUAAACAAGCAUCAGUCAAACUUAUUGAAGGCUAUUCAGAUCCCAAAGAUACUAAACGCCAUAAAAAAGUCUAUCACAAGAAGGCUAAGAGACGAGCUCAUAAAAAGCGCCGCCAACAGCUGCUGCAACAACUACAGCAACAGCCACAAAAUAAUCAGCAACAAUCUAAUAAUUCGCAAACGUUAACAACAGCUGCUCAAACCAAAGAGAAGGAUAAACGCAGCAAUUACAAUUCAGAUUCAUCGGCACCAAAGUCCUCGGAUGACGAAGAAGACAAUCAAUCAGUUAAAGUUCCUGAUCUGAAUUCUCCAGAUAGCAUCUCAGAUGAUUUGGUGAGGCCUUUGCCACCCCAAACUCAUAGGAGUCCACGCAAGUUAACAGCUGCUCAAUCAGAGUACAGCAAACGUAAUCCGUCUCCUUACUACUACUCUGAUUUACUUAAACCCAAAGAUCCCUCAGCCUCAGUGGGGGCGAACGACAAGGAAGCCAAACUAAAAAGCCGCCAAUCUACGGUAUCGGAACCUCCGCAAUCCACUCAAACACUUCCAGAGGCUAGUGGUCCCUAUCGCAAGAGCACUAGUCUUGACGUUCCCGAACGCUCCGAGGAACGAGAAGAGCAGGACGACGAUUUUGAUGAAACUGAGCCAACCAAUAGCACUGUCCUUCCUGGUCCCCUAGACACACCCAAGCGUUAUUCGUUCACUGAAGAAGGAGUCCACAUAAUACGUUGUGACUCGCCUUCCACCACAACUUCGGAUGAGUCGGAUUGCAGUGAAUGCUUAAAACGUCGCGAAUGGCAUGCAAGAGCCUUGGCUCUGGUAAGAAAGACUUGUAACGUUCAGCCUUUGAAUCCGGCUGCCGCUACCGAUUACGGUAAUAUUUGUCAAGAGUCAUCGGCGGAAUUAAAUUGUGGCAAUCUAGCAGAAGAAUCGGCGUCAAUGCCACCACAUAGACUGCUAGGUCCUGCAGUUUGUGCCUGUGUCGCCCCCUCUCUUGGUGAUGACUUAGAGGAAUAUUUUCGCCCUCGCAGCAUCUUCUACGUGCACCCACAUGGAGUUCAUGAAUGUGUUGACUGUGCUCCCGAUACGAAAAAUCUAAAUACGAAUACUAGUUCUCACAGUGCAUUGGACUCGAACAGUCUAGCCCAGUCCGAUAACGCUCUCGACGAAAUCUCUGUGGUUGCCGACGAAGAAGACGAAAUGUCGGGACGUACUCGCCAGAUAUACGAGACGGCAUUCGAUUGCAAAAUUGCCAAGUCAGACGAUGAUUUGGAUGAAGUGGAUCGCAUAACAAAUCAUUCGGUAUUGCUGCAGCUUAACAAUGGCAAUUUGCCACCGCCAAAGACGGAUUCUCGUGCCUCCAAGUCAUCAAAAAGCCGUUUGGAGGGUAAGCGUCUGAAGAACUCUAAGAAUCAAGCUAUCCAAGAACAAGGCAGCAAUUCAGGAGGUAAUAAUAGCGGCAGUGGUUCCCCUUUGACGGUGGCAUCCGUGAAUCGUACCGUGGAACCAGUGGCCAGCAUUGUGUCGGGCCUAUCGACGGAGUUAAGCAAUGUCCAUAUAAGAGAACAAGAUGUGGAUCAACAAAAUAAUCCUACGACGUCCAGCUCGCAAUUACCCAUGCGUGGUUAUACGCCUUCACCGCCAUCUACAGCCCCGUUGCCUAUGAAGUUUCCUGGUAAACAUGAGCGUUUUUUCAUGAACAGCAUACGAAGUGCACCCAACCUGCCAUCAUCGAAUCCGGCCCAUCCGCGUUUACGCGAUCUCCGUCUUCCACUACAAUCCAAUUUGAGACAACAGCAGCAAACGGGCUCCUCACUGGCCACCAGCAAUGAGAACAGUCUAACCGACAGCGCCUACGUGAAUCCACCAUCUUCCAGUCUACACCACAAUCAUAACAGUCACCAUCACCAUCAUUUGUCAUCCCAUCAAGGCACGAAUAAUGUAACAGGUGGCUCCAGAUCCCGCAGCCGACCACGAUCGUUUGUUCUUGAGUCGGGGCGGGUGCUGGAGCUGCGAAAAAGCCACGCCUCUCACCACCACCACCAUGUUGGUAAUGGCAGUCGAAGGCCGCAUAAUUAUUCCUCGACCGAGAGCAUAGCAACAUCGAGUAGUGGUGGCAGCAUGGAAUCGCUACGCUCGAGCACUAGCGAGGGCAAUCGCAGUACGUCCAGUUCAGAGUCAAGGCACUCGACCUCGUUGAGUUCACAUAGCUCUGAAUCUGGUAGCUCGAGUGUUGGUUUUCCCCUUAGAGCACCAGUGGUCAUACAUUCCAAAUUGCAUAUCCUUAGUCCCAUAUCAGACAAGUCUUCGCAAGAACCGGCCUCAGAAUUGUCUGAACAAAAUAAAACCCAAAAUGCUUCACCCGAAGAUGGCGCAGCCAUCCAAACGAAUACAAAUAAUCAACAGCUGCUACAGCAGCAACAACAACAACAGCUCCAGCUGCGCUCAGGCGAUACAGAAAAUGUACGGCCCUCUCCCCAGCUACAUAUAGAUGCCUUGAAGAAACGAAGACCACCGGCAAAUAAAACCCUCAUGCAGCUGACAGAUGAGAUACUCGGCUCGGACAGUGGCAUUUCAUUGCACUCGAGAGAAGACGGCAAGCCGUUGCUGGGCUUGCAAAAGUUUACGCUGCCAAAGUUAAAUUUCCCGCCAAAUGACAAGGGAAACAAUCAUAGUGAUAUUAGUGCGGUAGGUGCCAUGAGUAAUAGUGUGGGCUUGCCGCAGGAUUUAAGAGAUCUUCCGUUUGAUAUGCCAAAAUUGAGACGAAGAAAAACUUUACAACAGGAUGCUUGUACUUCGGGUAGUGCCACAUCGGUGGAUUUGGGUGAUCUACCCUUCGAUAUGCCCAAACUGAGAAGACGUUUGCGAGCCAACCAGGCGGAAAUCAAUAAUCUUAUGAUGCAUAGCACAGAAUCUAGUGGAAUCUCACAGGCCUCAUCCAGUCAUUCUAUGAGGGAUGACACUAAAACUGCUAUGAAACUGGACUCUGCCAUAUUCCGUCAAAAUCUCACCUUGAAUCUCAAUGAACCACGCCAGGCGAACAAUAAGUUUGGUAGCUUGGACUUACGUGGUCUUACCAACAACAAAGAACUCAAUUUGAAUUUGAAUGCAACAGCCUUUGCCACUGCAGUCGAUUUGAUUGAUGUCUCAAUACCACUGGAGAGACAAGGAUGGUAUCAUGGUUCGGUAACACGUAUUGAGGCCGAAACUACACUGAGACCCUUAACAGAAGGCAGCUUUUUAGUACGCAACUGUGAGUCAACUAAACAGGACUAUUCGUUAUCCUUAAAGGGAGCUAAAGGUUUUAUGCACAUGCGUAUACAACGCAAUGAUAGCGGUCAAUAUAUACUGGGACAAUUCAGUCGUCCCUUCGAAACGGUACCCGAUAUGAUAAGACACUUUUGUCUGAAUCGUCUGCCAGUCAGAGGAGCCGAACACAUGUGCUUAAUAGAGCCCGUCAUUGCCCAAUUACUUUAAAAGUACUCACCACUUACACCACAUACUACUCAAGCCAGCAAGCAAGCAAGCAUUCUUACAUGGAUUUAAAAUAAA